AUGACCACUACGACGACAGCCGACGACGCCGUCACGCCCGUGCCGCCCACGGCCAUGACCGUUUGGCGCGAAACGGACUGGGUGCCGUCACGGUCGAUGGCGGAAAAGGACACGGACGAGUACGAAGCGUCAUUCCUGCAAGGAAAUCGCAAGAAUAUCCUGAUCGUCUUCGCCGCCGCCCUUGUGGUCGUGGGUACCGCCAUCGGGGUCAUCGUAGCCACGUCCACUGAGACCGCCGAUGCAUCCCAAGCCAGUGGCGUGUCGUCGUCCUCCACGACGAUUGCCCCCGUGUCGACCCCUUCGACGAUCGCCGGAGGCAGCGGCGAACUCUUGGUCGGGUCGACUGGCGGGGCGGUUGUGUCUGAAGUGGACGUGACGGCUAGUGAUCUUACCAGCACUGGCAACUUUACCUUGGCCAACAAUAUCACGGCCACAACGAACUCUAGCGACGUUGAAUCGUUGAUCAUCGUAUCGCCGACACCGACGACAACGCUUCAACCUACGCCGGAACCUACGCCGGAACCUACGCCGGAACCUACCCCAGCCCCCACGCCUGCACCCACCCCACCUCCUACGCCUGCACCCACCCCAGCGCCAACCCCCGCCCUCGUCAAAGGAAGUAUCCGCAACGUCAACAACUGUGGCUAUCCCAUUGAACUCAUGAUUUCCCUCGACAACAAAGACCAAUUCGUGAUGGUGCAGCCGGGCCAAUGGUACGAUUUGCUUGGCAAUUACCGCAUCGCGACCAUUCGUGUGGGUCGAUCCCCCGAAGCGACCUUGUUUGAAGUUUGCCGCAAUGACGGCAAGUUCUGGUACGACAUCAGCGUCAUCCCCCCCAACUGUGGCCACGGCACUAGCUGGGAAGAGUGCUCGAAGGGCGGCACGGUGAAGGGGUUCAACGUCAAGUUGAAGGUCGACGUGCAAUACCUGGCCAACAACCAUCAAUACAACUGCGCCUCCAUCGAAUGCACGUGGGAGCAAUGCCCCGCCGCAUACUUGUGGCCCUCCAACGACAGCAAGACGCGCAACUGCAACCUCGACGAAUCGUUUGUCGCGACGUGGUGCUAA